CGAUGAUUUGGAUGACGUCACUGAACGAAACUCACGUCGGAAAUAUUUUUUACAACCCUCAGUUUGGAGCAAGCACGGAGGGGUAAACGAAGGCGGAGGGCUAAGGGGGAGUGAGAAGGAAUAGUAUUAGGAUCGGGCCACUAGUGAUUUUUUUUUUCUGUGUGUUUCUUUGGUCUGAGCCUCACAGCUAAAAGACGCCUUCUUGAUUUGUGCUUUAAUGUUUGGAGCCAAAUCCGACUCAAUUAAAACAAUCAUCUCCUCCAACUUUUAACUUUUGAAAAUGAAACCCCACUUCCACUUGAAAAUCACAGGUAUUUCAUGCUGAAAUGUAGUUGCUUUAUGAUCUAUCAAAUUGCACAAAAUCACAGGCUUCAUUAGGAAAUGCAAAUUAUAUCCACCCCUAAAUACCACGUUGGUUCAAAGCCUGUGAACCAGUUUCUGUAUGGCGUGACCUGCUGAUGAGCCUGGGAGACAUCCAGUCCUCAGAGAGGGCUUUCAUUUCCUCCAAACAUUUACACGACCGUGAUUCCAGAGCGUUAACGUUUGGUCUGUGUUUUACCAUAGCCCCUCUUUGCAGGGCUGAGCGUAAUCCCCGAACGCUGUAAUUUUGUAAACACGGUCAGCCGCGUGGUAAUCUGACAAUAUUUCAUUUUCCGGUAAUGUCCUCAGCAUCUUCACUCUUUGUUCCCACGAGGUCCCCUGAUCUCUCAUUCUGUCAAAAUGGGAAAUAUGUAGGUCAAUCUGCUUUCCUCUUUAUCUACUGCCACAAAGAUAAGUGGCACUGUGACUAAUAUUUCAUAUCUGUGUGAUCGGUGAUGGGCGCUGUCAUGUUCGGAGGGCUUAGCUGUGUAAAAUGCGUUCAGUGAGGGGGGGAUGUUAUCAAAUCUUCAGCGUAGAUUUAAUGGUAGAUCUCAGCUCCUAUUUAGUGUCAGAAAACAGUCCAGUAGUUUUGAACAGGCGUGUCCAAAACAUGACUUCUGAGUUUUUUAUUUUUUUAUUUUCAUGAUAUCUGAGGGGCACAGAAGCAGUUCAGAGGCAGUGAAAAGUCUGUGUGGAACUAAGCCCGUGGCCACAUCCAUGCCUGCUCUUUAAUAAUGUUCUGCCUGAACACAGCUGAUCCUUUUUUUUUUCUAUCAUCUAUUUUUGGGUUUUUUUAGCGCGUGAGCACGCAGUGGAAUCACAGUUAUAUCACACUCCCGUUUAGUGUGCAGAUUACACAAGUGGCAUGAGUUUGAAGUUGACCUGUCGGCAGAGUUGGACAACUUUACGGGAUUUUUAAAGAGUGUUUCCACCGCUUUGAAGCUGUUACAUCAUUCUAAAAUUGUCUUCGUUUGGUUCAAACUUUUUGAUCUUUUAAGAGAAACUAUUUGAGGACAAAGAAAUGGACGAAAGAUUUGAUUUUCUCCAGAUGACUGUGUUUUAUGUCUUUAGAGCUGCAGAUUAGAAAAGCUUCAUUGUGUGUCGUACACACACGAGCUCACACACGCUGGAGCCGGUUCCUUCCUUUGGGCUUCGUGAAUUUAACACUGCGUGCGCCUGAACAUCACAUCACAUGUGAGGAGAACUCGCUGACUGGAUUUCAAGAACUACGGACCUGCAAAGGAGAGGAUGAAGGAAGAGAGAGGCAGUGGAGGGGGAAAAGAACGCUGUGGCGGAGUGUGGCGCUGAUGACGUGAAGAGCUGCUGCUCACACAUCUGGAACAGCUUGUGCAGCUGCACCUGAGGAAAAGGGCGCCUCAAAAAAAAAAAAAAAAAUCCUCCACCGGCACUUUUCUCAUUCCUGCUCAGUUUUUUUCCCCUAUUUUCUGUGGCAUUCUUUUCCUGCGUGCCGGAGCACCGGGAUGGUUUCCUGCUGUGUGACAGCGAUGAAGAGCGUGUAAGCCGAUGCAAAAGACAAGAAGACGGACAAGAGGACAAUAACACAGGAGGGAUUUAUAAAUCGUGAGUUCAUAACCUUAUUAUGAGAAUUGUUGGAGAGGAGGAGCAGGAGCAAAAAGAAGGAUAGAGCAGGAGAGUCAAAGAGGGAUUAAGAGGCAGAAUGUGCAGACAAGACAGACCAGAGUUUCUGUUUUCACUUGCCACAUCUCCGUCUGUCACUUUAUCCACUGAUAAACCCUUUUACAGCUCGCCGUUUGGGAAGAUGAUCCUGGGAGAUCAUGCCAAGCAGCUAUUAGCUGGGUACCUCCCAGCUUGAUUCCCCUCCCCUCUUCCUUUUGACCAACUUACCUGCUCUUGCCACAUCACGCCACAACUCAAGAACCACCGCCACUCAGCUGAGGAACCCAUGGGACACAGCUGUAGUCAUCCCGGCUGAGAAGGACCGAGGAGCUUUCACCAAAGGAUGUCCAAGUCCUCCAGGCUGGCCCGCCCCUCCUCAGCAGGGCCCGGAUCUAAGCUGCCCUCGCCGAGGAAGGAAUUCCCCAACGUCGCCGCCAAAGCUCGGCUGCUUGGCGUUGGGGAGAAGCUGAUGAGAGCGGGCAACGAUGGUGUCUUGAACAGGCAGAAAGCCUCCACUGACACUGUGCGGCAGGAGAAAGGAGACUGUGAGAGCCAGGCUGCCAGCCAGAGUCAAAGCGAGAAGAACCAAAGCGUGAAGAUGGUCACUCCUAAGAGUAUGGUCAGCCCACCCAAAGCCUCAAGCCAACAGCAAGUCUACAGUCAGAAACAAACCAAAAGCAACUUGAAGGUGACCUCCCCCGAGGACGCCGAGCACGUAAACCGCAGACAGGCCUCCCCAAAUGGGACGCCCCCGUCGAGAGGGGACGCCAAAGGAAGCCGCGCUGUCCCUCGAAGGCACACAUUAGGAGGGGCCCGCAGCUCCCAGGAGAUCCUGGCUAUGCAGCCAUCAGAUAUGGACAAGAAGAGGGAGGCCUUCCUGGAGCACCUGAAGCACAAAUACCCCCAUCAUGCAUCAGCGAUCAUGGGUCACCAGGAGAGGUUGAGGGACCAGAGCAGAAGCCCCAAACACGGCCCCAGCCCUCAGCCCAGCGUCGGUGACCAGGUUGACCAUCUAUCUUUGGCCUCCCUAGAAUCGUUGGACACCAUGUCUGAGGCGGAGGCGCCCACGGCGUUCACCCGCGGCAGCCGGGUUCGUGCCAGCCUGCCUGUCGUGCGCUCAACAAACCAGACAAAGGACCGCUCGCUAGGUGUUCUGUACCUGCAGUACGGGGAUGAGACCAAACAGAUCCGCAUGCCGAAUGAGAUCACCAGCAUCGACACAAUCAGAGCUUUGUUCGUCAGUGCCUUCCCACAGCAGCUCACCAUGAAGAUGCUGGAGUCGCCCAGCGUUGCGGUUUACGUCAAAGACGACAUGCGGAACAUGUAUUAUGAACUCGCUGAUGUCAGGAACAUCGCCGACCACUCCUGCCUGAAGGUGUACCACAAAGACCCGGCCCAGGCGUUCAGCCACGGACCGCGACCGGCCAACGGCGAUGCUCGGAUGCUUGGUGAGAUGGUGCACCCUGGCCGUGAGGGUCAGCACCCUCAUAGACACCCGCCAAUGGGUCCCCCACCACACCACCCAAUGCAAGGAGCCCUGCCUCCUCCUUCCCACUCAAUGCCCCCAUCGCCGUCCAGAAUCCCAUUUGGACCACGGCAGGGUUCUCUACCAGGGACUUCCACUGUUCCCAGGGAACGAAUCGCUAAUGCCAACCCCACGACGCGCUCCAUCUCUCCCUGCCCCAGCGCCAUUCUCGAGAGACGGGAUGUCAAACCAGAUGAGGGAAUGGCUGGAAAGAGCCACAGUUUAAGCAGAGGGAACGAGGGCUUGUACGCUGAUCCAUACAUGCCACAAGAGGGACGGAUCGGACCCCACGGUCCUCACCCCGGUCCUGGGCUCGACGGACCAGAGCACGGCAUGGGAGGUUUCCACCGGGCCUCCAUCCGCUCCACAAGCUCCUACGGUGGGCCCAGCCCCUCAGACACUAUAGAUCACCCUUCUCUGUUCAGACAGAAGUCCAGAAACAGCCAGCUGCCCACGUUGGGUUCCAAGACUCCUCCCCCAUCGCCUCACCGGAUGGCCGAGGUACGGAUGGUUGACAUCCACGGUGGGCCUCCUCAUGGCGUACCACCACAUGGUAUUCCCAUGGAGAGAGGCUCCCCAGUGCGCCAGUCCUUCAGGAAGGAUGACGUUGCAGCAACUAAGUCCAGAAACAACAUGGGGCCGCCUGUGGUUCCAGACCUCCAGGGUCACCCCCUGGGAGCCAUUCCUGCUCCGAGUGACGACCUGACACGAGAGCGAAUGAAGGCUAUGGAGCAACAGAUUGCCAGCUUGACUGGCCUUGUUCAGCAUGCACUUUUAAAGGGCCCAAACAGUAGUGGCACCAAGGAGCCUGCAAGUGAAAGACCAACGAAGGCUCCAUCUCCAGCCAGCAGUGCUCCCAGCUCAGGUGGUUCCCCAGACUUGGCUCCGAAACGCAACAAACCCUCAUCAGACAAGAGCUCAGCUCCUCUUAAAGUCAACCUCCUGCAGUUCAGGAGGAAUGUCUCUGACCUCAGGAUGCAACUUUAUCAGAUGCGACAGCUGCAGCUCCAGAACCAGGAGACCGUACGGGUGCAGCUGAAGAGAACAGAGCAAGAGAUAAGUGUCAAACUCACCGAGGCAAUGCGACGUCUGGAAGAUCCUGUCCAGAGACAGAGAGCUCUGGUGGAAGAGGACAGGCACAAGUACUUGGGCCUGGAGGAGCAUGUUCUCACUCAGCUCAAUGAGCUGGAGCACUACGUAGGUUCCCUGCAGAACGACUCUGCAACAGCCAAGAAAGUGGUGACCCUGAAGGAUGUAGAGGAAGGAGCGAUAACGCUGAGGAAGGUGGGGGAGUCUUUGGCAGGGCUUAAAGGAGAAUUCCCAGGCCUGCAAACCAGAAUGCGGGCUGUGCUCAGGGUGGAGGUGGAGGCUGUGAAGUUUCUAAAGGAGGAGCCCCACAAACUGGACAGCAUGUUGAAACGGGUCAAGAGUCUGACUGACACGCUCAGCAAUCUGAGACGGUGUGCAACUGAGUUUUCUCAGAAAGGACGAGAUUGUUCCACUAACGUCCCUGUGGCUAACAGCCCUGACGGCCCUGCAGAAGCAUCAGUCCAACCUGGCUCAGCCCCACCAGAACCGCAGAGCUCCACCGUCAAAUCGGAGGUGAUGCCUUCCUCCCCGGUGGUCAUCCAUCAUGUUCAGAGCUCCCCGGUCCUCAUUCAGCAGUCCCAGCAAUCUGCAGCUUUGAUGACUCAGGCCAGCCCCCCACCCACCCCCAGCCAAACCGUCAUCUCCAGCCCCAACCUGAGCAAGACUCAAGGAAGGGAGUCUCCAAAAGCGAACCCGCAGAGUCCUGCUCGCCACAAGAAGACUCUGGUGAAUAGUGGCAACGGCACAACUCAUCAGGAUCUCGUUAUCGAGGAGCUCCAGAACAAUAAGGAGAAAAGCAAAAACAGAACUGUGUCUAUUGAGGCAGCAGAGAAGGAAUGGGAAGAAAAAAGACAGAACAUUGGUCAUUACGAUGGCAAGGAGUUUGAGAAGAUCCUCCAGGAGGCCCAGGCCAACAUGAUGAAGGGAAUUCCCAAUCUAGACACUGAUGAGAACCAACUGCUGCCUCCCGCUGCUGCUGCUGUAGAACAAGGAGACGUUCGUAAUCCCCCUGAGUCACCAUCAGAAGAACCAGAAUCAACGUCUCCUUCAGACAACCCAGUCAAGAAGGGGCCUGAGAAACCUCCCAAACCUCUAAUGGAAAAACCCACCAAACCAUCAGUAGAGAGACCCUCCAAAACUGCCACAAAACCAGCAGCCGCCGACGCUUUGACCAAGCAGGGGUCGGACAAGCCGAACAAGUCCCCGCCCCCACCUCCUCCAAGGAAAACCUUUCCAGCCUCCAGUUCAGGAAUGACUACGACUCGGUCUGGAGAGGUGGUGUUCACUGCCAGAAAGGAGAGCAUAUCAGCUCAGGAGGGUGAGGAAGAUGCCCCACCUUCCUCGCCCCAGCUGAAGCCUACCAAAGUCCCACCAGAGAGCAAGACGAAGCCGGCCACGCCUCCCCCCGUUCCUUCUGCUGCAAUCGUUGAGGAGGAGGACGAAGGCGACAAAAUCAUGGCGGAGCUACAGGUUUUCCAGAAGUGUACAAUUAAGGAUGUAGGGGGCAAAAAUUUGGUAGAACCCGCCCCUCGAAUUGAGCCCCAAAUCAAAGAGCUAAGACCCGGGGCUUUGCUACCCCUCAAAGAGAAAAAGAGCUCAGAGCCCAGUCGAGAGGAUAAAGAUCCCAGCACAGAUGAAAACGGGAACACUACUGUGCGACAGAGCCCUGGGGUAAUAUAUUAUGUGACUGGCCAGAUUACCAAAGAUCAACCGACUCCUUCGGGACUGGAAGACACACCAGAACACAGGGAGUCCGCACAGCCUCCAACACAGGUGUCAAAUGUCAAUGCUAAUGACAUUUCUCCAAGCCAGCAACAGCAGCUGCCGCCAUUGUCUCCACCACCUAAAUCGCCUUCUGCUCUUACACCCCCACCUAUAUCCCCCAAACCCACGGGACUUAACGGAUUCAAACUGCCGAAGAAGCAGGUUAAACGCCCCGAAUCCUUCAAGAAAAGUGCUGAAAUGAAAAAGGGGGAGGUGCUCAAUAAAGUGAACACUGAAAAGAAAAGCAAAGUGGCUCAAGUUUCUUCAAGCAAAAACAUCAUGUCUGAGCAGGUUGUAUCCACAAGAGUUAGUAAAGAGCCACCAAAAUAUUCUGCUCCACCACCCAAGAAACCCUCCAGUGAAGACAACAAACAGUCUAAAUAUACUUUAGACGAAGAAGGGGCAAGUCUUAGUCCUGAUUUACCAGCAGAAGAAGGACCUCCACCGCCAUAUAAUAUAGCAUUAAUGAUCACAAACACUAAAGUUCAAUCCCUGUCUAGUGGGGAAUACCAAGAACUCGUGAGUGCCAAGAAAGGAAGUGUCCAGACGGUUACCGUAGGCAAUGCCGCAAACAAAGACAACUCCACGGUUAAUCCUGCUGGGUUGCAGGAUAAUGGCAAAAAACCUGUCAUCAUCAUCUUUAACGAACCCAUGGAUAUCCGCUCCGCUUACAAACGCCUGUCAACCAUCUUUGAGUGUGAGGAAGAGCUGGAGAGGAUGCUAGCGGAGGAGCGCAUCGACGAAGAAAGCGAGGAGUCGGAUACGGAGCGAAGGGGUGGGCUGUCGGCCAAAGCCGAGGAUGCAGACGCGGUCGAUGGCCGCAAGGUCAAGGGAAACGCGGAUCGUUCCAGCUUAUCGUCCUCAUCGUCCUCGUCCGUUUCUGAACUAACGGACAACGGAGUGAACGGAGAGGGCAAGCAAGACGGCAAGAAAAAAUUCAAGUUCAAAUUCCCGAAAAAGCAGUUCGCAGCGCUGACACAGGCGAUCAGAGCGGGCACCAAGUCAGGAAAGAAGACUCUACAGGUGGUGGUGUAUGAAGACGAAGAAGAAAGUGACGGUACGCUCAGGCAGCACAAAGAGGCUAAAAGAUUUGAAAUUGCUCGUUCAAAGUCAUUCGCAGAAACCUCCAGGGGAUCUGAAAAGAAAAGACAGGACUCUGAUUCCCUCUGCAGGACAGAUGAAAUUCGUAAAAACACCUACAAGACUUUGGACAGUUUGGAGCAGACUAUUAAGCAGCUGGAGACAACUAUCAGUGAAAUGGGACCCCAGUCCUCUAAGGAGCCAGGCAGCACCGAAGAUUCUAAGACGAGGAAUGGGAAAAACUCAGAAGGAGGCGGGCUGAAGAGGUCUUCCUCUCUCCCUGCCUCCAAAGGGCCCGCUCCUAAGGUACCAAGCAAAAGUUCUUUGCAGAAGAAGUCCAAACCUCAGCUACUGCCCCGUCCCGUUGUCACCUCGACCAACGCCACCUCAACCCCGAGUGUCCCCAGCAACGUGCAACAGAACACCAGUGUCGCUUCUCCUACUAGUCGGAUGCCCGUCCCUAUGUCUGCGAAGGCCAGACAGUCGCCGGGCGCGACUGACAAAGCAGGAAAGCAGCAUAAACUCCAGGACGCUCAGAGGCAGUUCCGACAGGCUAACGGAAGUGCUAAGAGAGUGGGAGGGGAUCAUAAAACUGCUUCCCCCACUAUACCCAUCUCUAAAAUCCCUGCUUUUUAUCCUAGCUCUGCUAAAGGCAGCUCCCAGUCUGCGCAAAACCCAGAGGCUACUAAUCCCAUUAACCAGUCUUCCUCCUCUAUGACAAAGUCCUCCAUCUUGUCCUCUCACACCCCUCGUUCCGGUCCCCCACCCUCCUCCCAUAUCCCCUCACUUUCUAACGGAUCCCUCAAACUCCCCACACCCUUGCAGCACACAGGUAAAGCUCUCUCGUUCUCCUCGCAGAAUGGUCGAGUGCACUCCUCCUCCUCCUCCUCUUCUUCAUACUCCUCCUCCUCCCCCUCCCCUCUGUCGCCCACACCUUUGGGCCCAGGUGGAAAGAGCAUCCGCACCAUACACACCCCCAGCUUCACCAGCUACAGAUCGCACAACGGCAGCAGCGGAAAGUCCUGCAUUCCAACAGCAGCAAAGGACACAGUUUAGCACCUUUACUGCACUGCAGGUAGACUUCUUCAUCGUGUGUCAUAGAAAUGUUGUUUUCUCUGUUUUCUUUUAGAAAAAUAUUAAAUUAUGCACUCAUCUUUCAUCUGCAUUCACUCGCGUUUUAUUCUUCAGUUAGAUCAUGCUUGCUUGUAUUUUUAAUCUCUCUUGAAGGUGUUCAAGAUUUUCUCACUGUAGUUCAGGGUGCUUUUGCCGUAUGUAAAAAAAAUAUUUUCUUGUCAUAGAAGUGAAUAGGAAAUAUAGAAUUGAUGUACAAUCAAAAAAAUAAAAAGACAAUGUAAAAAAAUAUAUUUUAUUUUUUAAAAAAAGAAAUAGAAAAUUCAUAGUAUAUUUAAUCUUCUAUAUUUCUUAUGUUGCCAGACAUCUAACAGCCCUUGUGAAUGCCUUUCUGGAUUGUAUGGAAAAAUGAAUUUCAUAACAAUUUUUUGUGUGUAUCCUUCUUUUACAAACUGCCAGUUUGCUUUAUAGAUUUGAGUGAACUAAGUUUUCAUUUAUUGUGCCUAUUUGCCAAAGUUGUAUAAUGACUCCCUUCAUGCCAAACUUGCAGCUUUACAUGUCCAGGCUUGGCGUGAUGGUAGAAGUGUCGGGCCUCAGUUUUUACUUACAUUUGAGUUAACACUUUUUUUGUGUGGCUUUUAAUGUAAUCCGUACUUAAAACAACUUGUUCAAAAACAUGUACAUAGAAGAAAUGCUUCUAAGAAAAUAAAGUAGUUUUGUUAACAUACCAAAGUUUAUUUGCAUGCCUUUCUGAUAGCAGAGUGAUGUAAAACAACUGUUUGCACAGAUAGAUUCUGUAAAUAUUUGAUUUUCUCUUAUUUUUUGUUUUUUUGUAAAGCUUUAAAUCAUGGAAUAAGUGAGAAAUGUGGUCAAAACAAGUGUGUUUGCAUAGUUAAUAAAGACUCGCAUGCUUCUAGUG